AUUAAUAUAUCUUAUUAAAUAUUACUUAUCAAUAAAAAUAACAAUUAAUCUAUUGUUUAGUAGCCAAAGUAGCAAUUCCUUGAUAUUAAAAGGCUUUUAAAUUAUUAUUAAAUGAGCUCUUAGGAAAGAUCGUUCCAUUAAUAGCCUAAAAAAGUUAGAAGUAGAACUGCAAUAUGGCACGAUAUUUUGAAGGAUUAACAUUACUUAUUAAAGAAAGAUGAUGGCAAAAUAAAAGAAGUGUUUAAAAAUGGAAAGUAUCUACCUUCUUUUAAUCCAUAGAUAUCUGGCUUUGCAAACGCAAAACAAAGGAUGCAAUAUGCAACAAAUCACGAGGAAUUCUCAGCUGAAAGACCAAAAUCACUAUAAAUUAAUCAAAAGCAAAUGUUUUAUACUCCUUAGCAAGAUAAAUACGAUGGUUAUACUUAAUAACCAUCACCUAAAUCUCCUCCAUAUUUUAACAUUAUGAAUAACCCUAAAUUAAGAGAUCUGAAAGAGAGCAUGAUAUAAAUUAAACCUCAAGGAAUAGAAAAAUACCUUAAAUCUGACAAUAAUCAAAAUGUAUACAAUCCACCCAUAGAAAACUGCUCUUUUAUUUCAGGGACAAUAAAAAAUUAUCAAGAAAAUAUAAAUAGAAAUACUGUUACUAAAUUAGAUUAUAACCGCCAAUAAACAAUCAUUAGAAAGAGAAUAAAUUAAUCUCUUAGUGAUAGUAAAGCUAAUAAAAUAUCUUAAUCUCCUAAAAAUCCUCCUUAGUAGUUUAAGAUAAUUAACGGAAAGAUUUUAACGAUUCCAAACCAGUCAAUUCUAAUGAAGUAGAAAUAAAAGCAAUAAAAUGAAGUAUUAAAAGCGAGCUAAGUGACUCCUAUUAAAUCUGGAAAUGUAUCCUUUACAUAUAAUCCAAGAGAAAAAACAUUUACAGGAAAUAACAGCAUUUUUGAUAGGAAACAAAGCGAUUUAUCUGCUCUUUUUGGGAAUACAGCAAAUUCAAUGUUAGAAAACUCAUUUCAAAAUUCUAAGUAGUUUUCCAAAAAAAACUUAAGCAAGCAUUGGAAAGAAAGAAGUAUGGAUUCUACAUUUCAUACUAAUAUCAAUGGCCAAAGCAAUUUGCAAUUUAGUGAUUAAUUAAAUGUAAGUUAAGCAAGAUACAACUAAAAGGUUCGUAGCAAAAAUAAUAAAAGCUAGUAUUUGUAGAAUGAAAAUAGUUCAGAAAAUUUAUUAAAUAACUCUCGUUAUGAAGAAUACUAAGAAAUUAAAAGAAGCAACUCUAAUUAUAAUAUUAGCAGAAUAUUAAAUAAUUCAUCUUAAUAUCUAACUAAAACAUUUAGCAAACUAGAAAUAAUUCCAGAUGAAGAACCUUAAGUAUUAAAAACAAGCUAGUCUUUUAUUUAAAAAAUGGAGCAAAAUAAAUACAAUAAAGAAGCAACCUAAUAUAAAGUUAAAGAAUAACCUCUCAGAAUUUCAACUAAAGGCAGAUUUCCUUAAUCUAGAGCAGUUUCUCCAGGAGAAAUGUAUCUAAAAGAACGUUUAAAAUAAAAGCAAAUAGAAAUGUAGAAUAUGGAAUAAUAAUAACAAUAGAAUUAAUUUAAUAUAUAUUCAAAAAAUAAUCUAAGAAGAAAAUAAUAUUCUUUAUAAGAAUAAAAGUGA